AAGAAACGGUCUUCACAUCCGACAACAAGAAAUGGCCACAACCAUCCAAUUUUUGAACUUCUUUUAUAUUAAUUUCGAUUUUUUCAACAAUUUAUUGUAUGAUAAAACAUAAAAUUUCCAAUCAAUUCCAAAAAAAAAUAAAAAAUCGUAGCUGAAAAUCUACCCAAAAAUCAUCAUGCCAGUAACGGAUAAUCAAGGAUCAUUCCUCAAUCGGAUAAGUAUCCGUCGGAAUCAAGUUUCAAAUAUGGAAAACAAUCAUGAACAAGAUCAAGAAGAUCUCGAACUUUUUCAGAAACACGUAGCUGAACGUUUCGCUGAUUUAUUACCAAGUGAUUCGUUAACAACUGCUGAUUCCCCUGCGAAGGAUCAAUCACCACUUUUCUCGAUUUCAUGGUAUCGUAAAUUACUCGAUGUUUUCCUCUGUUGUGAAGCUGAAUUUAAGGCGCUUGUUCUAAUUGGACGCGAUCCGGUUCAGUUUUCAAAACCUCCGUUGGAUCGUCUUGUACCUGAUAUUCUAGAUCGUUCUAUUAAAUCUCUUGAUAUUUGUAAUGCAGUGACGCACGGGUUAGAACUCGUGCAUCACUGGCAAAAGUUAGCUCUAACAGCUGUUACGGCGUUAGAGCGAAAGCCAAUGGGAGAUGGACAAGUAAGACGAGCGAAAAAGGCGUUGAACACGAUGCUUACGUCGAUGAUGCUUGAUGAUAAAGAGAAUAAUUAUCACGCUAAAGUCGCUGAACGAACGUGGUCCUUUGGACGACGUAGUGGUGCAGCUGGAAAUAAUAAUGCUAAUAAUAAAGAUAGAACAAAUGGUACUUUUCGUUCAAUGUCCUGGCCUGUGGCGAAGUCGUGGUCGGCUUCGAAACAGGUACAGGCUAUGGCGUCCACACUGGUGGCGCCACGUGGAGGUGAGUCUACUGGACUCGCCUUGCCAAUUUACAUCAUGAGCACGAUUUUCGUGUUUGUGAUGUGGGGAUUGGUGUCAGCAAUUCCGUGUCAGGAACGUACGGGACUGCUGACACAUUUCCCAAUGAUGAGGAAUUUGAAUUGGGGACAGUCAUUAAUUUCACUGCAGGAUAAAAUUGCUGAGGAAUGGAAGAAAAAGGAGAAAAAAGGAACAACUGGUUUGUUGGAUGAGCUGCAGAAAAUGGAGAAAGUUGCACAGAAUUUGGUUGAUUUUGCUGAGAAUUUUCAGUUUCCGGCGGAGGAGGAGAAGGUGGAGGAAGUGGCGGGGCAGGUGGCGGAGAUGGCGGAGAUAUGCCGGAAAAUGGAGGAGGGAUUAGCGCCAUUGCAACAACAAAUUAGAGAAGUGUUUCAUAGGAUUGUGAGGAGCAGAGGUGAAGUUCUUGAGGUUCUUGAUCAAGUUGGUAAAAUGUCAACACCAGUACUUUAUUAAUUUUUAACAGAAGAUAUAAUUAUUAUUUUUUUACAAUUUCCAAAAUUAAGGAUUAGUUUGUUUUGGUUUUUAAAUUUUCUGUCACGAAAAAGCUGACUAGUUUUUGUAAUAAUUAACUACUAUAAUUCAAGUUUUUGUUUGUUUCAUUAUGUAAAAAAGAAAUGAAUUGUAGAAUGAUUGGUUUUGCAAUGGAUG